AUGUCUUCAAAUAAAAUGCGUCUGGAGCAAAGGAAGCAUACUAGUUUAUUAUCUGAACUGAAAACUGUUCUGUCAACAACUGACAAGAAAAUAGAAGUGGGCAAAUCUAUAUUCAGACAACUCCUGAUUAAAAAUCCUCACUUCAUGAAAAUGUACAAACCAAUUCAGUCAGUGACGUUACCACAAGCAUUAAAUUCAGACUACCUUACCACUAUGGCUAUACGUUAUGUGGACAGUAUAGUGGAUAUUGUGGAGAAUUUCAACGAUGAAGAGAAUUUACAACAAAAGAUUAAAUAUCUAGCUGGUAAACAUACAAACUGUGGAUUAACAGUAGCGCAUUUUGUAUCAAUUUUGCCUAUAUUCACGGAUAGUAUUGUAUCUUAUUUGAAGAUUGAUGAUAAUAAAGAAAGUAUGCAAUUUAUAUUAUCAACUGUAUUUCCAAUGAUUGGGAAACGCCUAUAA